AUGGCAGAGACGGAUUUCCGAGCCUCGACGAACCAGAUCCCGCCGUCGGGGAGCGCGGGGGAGGGCACACCCAUCACUGACGCUUUAGAGGAAACGCUGGGCCGGUUGAGCAAGAAGGCCGGCGUCAAAGCUACAAUCGUUCUCGAUCGGUCAACAGGAGCCAUACUCAAAACCAGCGGCGACUUUACACAAAUACGGCCUUCCAAAGCAGCGGGCGAAAGCGCCGGGACGACACAAACCGAUCCAUUCACAAAGGAAGUCACAUCAGCUACAGCAAACAGCGAAGUGAGCGAUGGUGCAGAGCAGCUUGCGGCCAUGGUAUGGCGGUUCAUCGGCGCGGCGGGAAUGUUGGUAGAAGAUCUUGAUACUGAGGAUGAGCUUAGGCUUUUACGGCUACGGACGAAGAAACAAGAGCUAGUAAUCGUUCCCGACCCGAAAUACCUCUUGAUCGUGAUCCACGAGACACUCGCGCCUGCAUCAUGA